UCUCUCUCUCUCCAGUUCAUUUGUUUUGGUAGAUAAGGACUUGUGUGGAAACAGAAUUACCUCCUUACUACCAUUUUCAAGAGGCUCUCAAUUUGCUUACGAACAGAAUGGAAGAUCCUGCUGAACUUCUUUAUAUUUUUGAAUCCUAGUGCUAAAGUCAUGGAGAUUUAGGAGGCCUUAGAUGUAUAUGUUUCAUCGAGGUAGUAUUUCUUGUAGAAUUAAGUCCCUUGCCGUAAUGGUUUAUAGCACAUGCCAGUUCGAAUUUCUUUCAACUUUAGAGCCUGUUUGGUAAUCAUUUAGUUCUUGGGAACAAUUUCUACUCAAAAAUGACUUGUUUUAUUCUGUUCCCUGGACGAGUUUCUAAACAUUUCAAUGUGUUUGGUAAUCGUCCAAAAUUUUUAUUCCUGAUUUAAAAAUGCGUUUGGUAGGAUCUCAAAUUCUUUUGUGAUUUAGAAUUUUUUAUAAUUUUAUUACAUUCUUCUCUUUUAUCUUUUAAAUAUUUUCAUUUUUCUUUUUCUUCUUCUUCUUCUUCCUUUGGUUGGUCAUUGGCCAGUGACUGGCUAGACGAGGGCUGAUGACCUUGUCAGAGCAUCACUGGAGGCCGGUGAGGCUUGACCUUACUGGGCCAUUGUGAGGGUGGUGUUGCCCAACUGUGGCGAGGCCGACCUCACGAUGGCUUAGCAAGGGCGAGCUUGGCCUGGCCCUCGCUAGAUCGAGGCGAGGCCAAGCUCGCGCAGCUAGCCAACUUGGCUUACUAAAGGAAGAAGGAGAUGAAGAAAAGGAAAAAAGAAAAGAAGAAAAGAAAAGAGGAAAAAAAAGAAGAAAAUGGAUUUGAUUUUGGAGUUGUUCUUGAGAAUAAAGAAACAACUUUUUUUGCUUUUUAAUUCCGUUCCAAAUGCGAAAAUCCAAUACCAUGAUUUUGUAGUUCAAGCAACGCCGGUGAAGAGGCUAUGCAAGACACGCAGUACUAUAACGGUGAACGGGCAAUACCCGGGGCCAACCUUAGAAGUUAAUGAUGGAGAUACUCUUGUGAUUAGUGUUGUUAAUAGAGCUCGUUACAAUGUCACCAUCCACUGGCAUGGGAUAAGGCAGGUGAGAACAGGAUGGGCCGAUGGACCAGAAUUCAUAACGCAGUGUCCCAUUCAACCAGGAGGAAUUUACACCUACAGGUUCACCAUUGAGGGCCAAGAGGGUACGCUUUGGUGGCACGCGCACAGUUCUUGGCUUAGAGCGACUGUCUACGGUGCUUUGAUCAUCUAUCCAAGACAAGGAUCUACUUAUCCCUUUGCAGAGCCAAAGCGUGAGACCCCCAUUCUGCUCGGUGAAUGGUGGAAUGCGAAUCCCAUCGAUGUGGUGAACGAGGCAACUCGAACGGGAGGAGCUCCAAAUAUAUCAGAUGCGUAUACCAUUAAUGGUCAACCUGGAGAUCUUUAUCGCUGCUCGAGUUCAGAAACCAUUAUAGUCCCAAUCGAUACAGGUGAAACCAACCUCCUCCGGGUAAUCAAUGCUGCGCUCAAUCAAGAGCUCUUCUUUGCCGUGGCCAGCCACGAGCUGAUCGUGGUUGGCGCUGAUGCGUCCUACUUGAAGCCCUUCACCACGUCGGUGAUCAUGCUCGGACCCGGCCAGACCACUGAUGUCCUGAUCACCGGAGACCAACCCCCGGGCCGAUACUACAUGGUGGCGCAGCCCUACCAAAGCGCCCAAGGUGCCCCGUUUGACAAUACCACGACCACGGCCAUUCUCGAUUACAUUUCCGCUCCUUGCCCGUUUAGGGGCACGCCAAGUACACCUGUAAUGCCCACUCUCCCAGCUUUCAAUGACACAGCCACGGUCACAGCAUUCACUCAAAACUUGAGGAGCCCCGACAACGUUUCGGUACCGACCGAUAUUGAUGAGAACCUCUUCUUCACCGUCGGUCUAGGGCUCUUCAAUUGCCCACCGAAUCUUAGCUCUGAUCAAUGUCAAGGUCCAAAUGGAACCCGCUUCGCAUCUAGCAUGAACAACAUGUCGUUCGUUCUUCCUUCCACCUACUCCAUCCUACAGGCUUACCACCAGGGAAUCCCUGGGGUGUUCACGACGGAUUUCCCUGCGGUCCCGCCCGUGGCCUUCGAUUACACAGGCAAUGUUAGCCAGUCGCUCUGGCAACCCGUUCCAGGAACCAAAGUGUAUGAGUUGGAGUACGGGUCAAACGUGCAGAUCGUGUUACAAGAUACUAGUAUAGUGUCGGGCGAAAAUCACCCAAUCCACCUUCAUGGCUAUAACUUUUACGUCAUCGCCGUAGGGUUCGGAAACUUUGAUCCCGCGACCCAUACCAAGGAGUUCAACCUCGUCGACCCUCCCAUGAGGAACACUGUAGGAGUGCCCGUGAAUGGGUGGGCAGUCAUCAGAUUCCUUGCUGAUAAUCCGGGAGUGUGGAUAAUGCAUUGUCACUUGGAUGUACACAUCACAUGGGGUCUUGCAAUGGCGUUCCUGGUAAAGGAUGGAGUUGGAGGGUUGCAAUCUCUAGAGUCUCCUCCAGAGGAUCUACCUCCAUGUUAAAGAACAAAAUUUCCAGAGGAACAAAUUGCCCAAGCUGUGAAGCUUGUUCAUAUUGAGCUACGACAGGAUUGACAAGUCCCCUUUUUUGGCUAUUACUAAUUUUCAUGAGGUUAGGGAAUAAAUAUUUUUUUCCAUGGACAGAUUGGUUUUUUUCUGUGGGUUCUUUUUAAUGCAUUUUUUUUUUGUGGCUAAUUGAUAAAGAAAUAGAAUUGAAUUUGCAUAUUCGUUUUGUCA